GUCGGAUAGUAUUUUAAUCCUGGCGUCAGUCUAGGAACAGACAAUUAAGAAAGUCCAGACUCCAGUCUCCUAGUGUUGCACUGUAGUGCUCCGCUCCUUCUGUUCCUCAAGCUGAAGUAGGUCUCUGGUGAUACCAUGGUUGAGAAGUACAAUGCCAUGGAGGAGAAGCUGGUGGAGGACAGCAACACCAAGGAGAUCGACCUAAUCAACCGGGACCCCAAACAGAUAAAUGAAGAUGUUGUCAGGGUGGAAUUUGAGGAUGUGAUUGCUGAGCCAGAUGGCAGCCACAGCCUGGAUACUGUGUGGAAGGCCAGCUACACCACCUUCACCGUCUCCAAGUACUGGUGCUACCGGCUGCUCUCUGCUGUCUUCGGCAUCCCCAUGUCCCUGCUGUGGGGCUUCCUGUUCGCCUGCAUCUCCUUCUGCCACAUCUGGGCCGUUGUGCCCUGUAUUAAGAGCUACUUGAUUGAGACACAGUGCCUCAGCCGUGUUUAUGGACUCUGCAUCCACACCUUCUGCGACCCGCUCUGUGAAGCUAUGGGAAAGAUCUUCAGCAGCAUCAAAAUGACUCUGCGCAAGGAGGUGUAGAGCGUGCACGGUGGGCUCGGAGCAGCCUUCCAGGAUCACCGAGCACCACCCCAGUACCUCUAUGUAAAUAUAAAGAAUAACCCUCAGGUCCAGGACCCCAACUGCUGACUGCUUUCACAGAUUCAUACAUCCUACAUGAUUGAUCCAUUUUACUAUUUAACAAAGUGCCACAGGACAUUCUCUUUUCUGGGUAACCAAUAUACUGUACACAAUAAUAAUGCAACUCAAGAGCUCCGUUGGUGCAUUUCUCAAUUAAAAGUAAAUGUUAUCCCACCACUGUGCCUAGUCUAACAGAAAAUAUCACAAGUCUUCCUAACGUUUACAGUAACCUUCAAUCACAUAAGCAGACUCCCAUAACCACAAGGUUCAGGCACUAGAAAAUGAACAAACAAUAACUGAACUGAUCCUCUAUAUGCUGAUAUACCUUAAUCUCUACCAGCAAAUGAGAACUAUAGCUUAUCCACUACAUACAAAACACAAAAUGGAAUCCGUAUUCAGAGAAGGCUUCAUUAGAUGGGAUACUAUAUUUUCCUGGUAAGGAAGACAACAAUCACAAAGAGGGUUCAAUCAGCAACGCUUACAGGAACAGUGUGGCUCUGUAGUUUAGGGCUGUGCCCGUGAUCAGAAGGCUGCUGGUUCAAAUCCUGUGGCCUCUGGAGUGAUAUCAGCAUUGGGCCCUUGACCCAGGCCCCUAGCACCAACCAGAGCCGGCUGACCCUGUGCUUUGACCUCAAGCUUGCUUUCACCUGUAUGUGGAGAACACGGUGGGGUAUGCAAACCCUAAACCAAUUUCUCAAAGUAUUUACCUUUUUAUUCAGUCACACUCCCCAUGUUAUACCACAGUAUACGGCUUUUGAUAGUGCUGUCAAAAUACAACGCUCAACACACAAUUUUAAAAGAAUUUGCCAAAGCAUUGCAGUUCUCUAAAACAAAACACACCUUACGACAAUUAAAUGAAAAACAUUUCAUUUCACUGUUACAAAGAUAUAUUUCAGCCUUGCCUGUUCAAACUAAUACUUUCAAACUUUAUACAGAAAAGCACUUGGACUCAGGCAGUGCAAGACAGGUGUUACACUGGAUUUAGCAGGUAUAAUGAAGAGAGCUGUCCUAUCCAUUCGUGCCUGAUAAUGUUCCACAAAUGUGCAAGGACUUCAAAAGCGUCCGACAGGUUUGUCACCUUUCCCGAUGAGUUACAAGAAUGAAAACUUGUGUAAAAUAUACGUAAAACAAAAAGCUUAGAUUAAGAAACAGCUGGAAUAACAGAUUUCAGUCGCCUUUUGCCAGCUGUGCCACCAAAGUUAAAUGAAAAACGUGAGUUUCUGCUGCGGCCCCUUCAGUGCCAACGUGCCCGUUUAUCCGAAGUGGAGAGCGGAGCCAGGUCUGCAUCCUGGGGGCUGGACGCCAUGUGCUUCCUGCUGGGAGUACUCUCCCGCAUCCUGGAAGAGCCACUGGUUCAGAGGAACAGAGUGUUUUUCUUUUAAUGCAUAAAUAAAUGCAAAGAGCAAGUGAGAACCUUUUUCUUAGAUCCGGUUAAAAAUCCACCUCAGCCUGUUCAGUUAACAGAACUAGACCGUGAAUAAACUAGGGUUGCCAAGGUAUGAGAUUUUCAUGGUACUGUAUAACCAUCUGAGAAAAUAUCAUGGUUUCAUGGUAAUAUGGUAAACUAAUAUCAGUGACAGUGACCAUGACAGGAAUUAACACAAGGGUUAUUUUGGCUGAACAAAUGCUUCAUUAUAGCUGAAACUUAAAACAUUUUUUAAUGGAAGUAUAUGUAAAAAGUGUCCCUUUUGAAAAUAACUAAACAAACAAACCAAACAAACAAAAGCAAAUAAAUUGGAAAGCUGUAAACCUCAAAUUUGAACAAAAGAAAUUAGGAGGAAAAAAGGAUCAGGAUCUUUAAUAAAAAUUACACUAUCAAGCUAAAUAUACAUUAUUAGUCUAAUAAAACAUGCCAAUGAAACAAUUCUUAUCAAGCUAAAUAUAUGGAUAUAAUCCAUAAAACAUUACUAAUUUAUAUUUAGUUCAGCAGCAGUCUAAUAAACAUGUAAAAAAUUAACUACAUUACCAUCUCUUCCAACAGACCCUGAGAAAAUCAUGCAUUAGACAUUCUGCUUUCUCAUGUAAUGAAGAAAAAAAUGAAGUCUUAGGAGUGCCUUGUAUUCUGAAUGCCGUGAUAUUACACAGUAUAUGUUCA